CGGGUUUUAUCGAUGCAGUGCCUUGGAUCGCCGGGAUAAGUUGUUGUAUCCGGCUUUCAAUGUGAAUAUCGAGAAUGGGGAGUUCUUCUUCGCUUCCCAAGUUUCGGAGUCUGAACAAUGCUUGCUAGAUGACGAUGACGGCAACGUGUUCUUCAACUUCGAGAACGAACAGCGCGCUCGCCAAGCGGGUGCUGGAGGUGGAGAGCCGAUCCGCUACAUCAUCGAGG